AUGUCAACUUCCUUAGAAAAAUUUACGUGCUCAAAGGGCUUAAUUGAAGUGUACUAUUGUAAAGUCUGCAAUUUUAGAACGGAACUGACGAUUCUGUUCAAACUACACAUUAAUAAACAUUACGACCCUAAAAGAAAACCUAGAGACGAUUUAUCGAGUGACGACUUCACCAUACAAAAUUACGUUUGCGAGAAAUGCGGCUUCGAAACAAAUCUCUCGCUGAAGUGGCUUCAACACACUUCAGCAUGUACAACACGGAAAAAAAAUCUUCAAAAUGACGAAAUGCGUUGGUAUUACUGUACGGAAUGCCCCUACAAAGCUAAAUUCAAACGUAAUUUAACCCGUCAUGUAAGAAAUCACAAUUUGAACAAGCGCUAUGCAUGCAACAAGUGUCCAUUUCGGAGUAAAUAUAACUCGAGUUUAAGAAACCACAUAAAUCAAAUGCACAUGGACGAACAAGAUGUUAAAUGGCACGAGUGUGUUAAAUGUCCUUUCAAGACCAAAGCGAAAGGCAGUUUAACAAGGCACAUUAAAACGUUACACUUGAACGACGAAGAUGUUAAAUGGUACGAAUGCACUGAGUGUCCUUUCAGAGCCAAAUAUAAAACGUCUUUGAAGCUACACGUGACUGUUAGACAUCUAGAUGAAGAAAAAAUCGAGUGGCAUAAAUGUGAAGACUGUUCGUACAAAAGUAAAACGAAAAGUAAUUUAAAACAUCACGUGAGGGUGCAUUUGGAGAUCAAAUCGUAUCAGUGCGAGUAUUGUCCGUAUAAGGCGAGACGCAGUGGUGAUUUAAAGAGUCAUGUGAAUUUCCGUCAUGUGGAACAUGAAAGUGAAAGUGAAACUAUAUGGUUGAAGUGUGAACAAUCUCCAUAA